ACUUUGGUUGUUCUCAUCGAUGUCAGGGGUCUAAACACAUCCUGUUAGCAGACGGACGGAUCCGGCCCCCCGCCACACUGUCUCAAUCCGUCAAUCGUUUACAGUUUUGUUGAAUUUUGAUUACGAUUCGGCGAAAACAAUGUCCGGUGGCAGCGGCGGUGGCGGUGGUGGUCCUUCACUCAUGGACUCCCUCUUCCAACGCACCCUGGACGAUCUAAUCAAAGGUAUCCGUCUUCAUACUCCCGGCGCCGCUCAAUCGUCCUUCAUCUCGAAAUCUGUAGAUGAGAUCCGCCGUGAAAUCAAAUCGACAGACUUACAAACCAAAUCCACUGCUCUCCAGAAACUCACUUACCUCCACUCCCUGCACGGCUUCGACAUGUCCUGGGCCGCCUUCCACGCCGUAGAACUCACCUCCUCCCCUUCUUUCGCCCAUAAAAAAACCGGUUACCUGGCCGCGUCCCUUUCCUUCCGUCCUUCCACCGAGGUCCUCCUCCUCCUCACCAAUCAGCUCCGCAAAGACCUCUCCUCUACCAACCAGCAUGAGGUAAGUCUCGCCUUAGAGUGCCUUUCCGUCAUCUGCACGGCCGAUUUUGCACGUGAUUUAACUCCGGAUAUCUUCACUUUGUUGACUUCUUCUAAGAAUUUCAUUAGAAAGAAAUCAAUUGCGUGUUUAUUGAUGAUUUUUAGCCAAUAUCCAGAUGCUGUUAGGGUUUGUUUCAAACGGUUAGUUGAGAAUUUAGAGAGUACCGAUAAUGCCCAAACACUUGCUGCUACUGUUGGUGUAUUCUGUGAGCUUGCUAGUAAAGAACCAAGAACAUAUCUCCCUCUUGCACCAGAAUUUUAUAGGAUUUUAGUUGAUUCAAGGAACAAUUGGGUGUUGAUCAAGGUUUUGAAAAUCUUUGCGAAACUUGCUAAAUUAGAGCCUAGGUUAGCAAAGAAGGUGGUCGAACCGAUUUGUGAUCAUAUGAAGCGCAGUGAGGCCAAAUCUCUGGUGUUUGAAUGUGUGAGAACUAUUGUGAGUAGUUUCUAUGAGUAUGAGUUUGCUGUGAAACUUGCUGUAUCAAAAAUCAAAGAGUUCUUACUGGAUACUGAUUUAAAUCUCAAGUAUCUUGGAUUACAAGGUCUGUUACUUGUUGCACCAAAUCACUUAUGGGCUGUGUUGGAGAACAAAGAGGUUGUAAUAAAAUCUUUGAGUGAUGUUGACCGAAACAUAAGGCUGGAAGCAUUGAGGCUUGUGAUGUCAAUGGUUUCUGAUGAUAAUGUCAUUGAAAUCUGCAGGGUUUUGAUUGGCUAUGCUCUCAAAUCCGAUCCCGAGUUCUGUAACGAAAUUCUAAGGUCAAUGCUAUCAACAUGUUCUAGAAAUGUAUACGAAAUCAUCAACGAUUUUGAUUGGUAUGUGUCACUUCUUGGGGAAAUGGCAAGGAUUCCACAUUGCCAAAAUGGAGAAGAAAUCGAGUAUCAGUUGAUAGACAUUGGCAUGAGGGUGAAAGAUGUUAGACCAGAGCUUGUUCGUGUGGCUCGUGAUCUAUUGAUUGAUCCUGCUUUACUUGGGAAUCCUUUCAUUCACAGAAUAUUAUCUGCAGCUGCUUGGGUAUCAGGUGAGUAUGUUUGGUUUUCAAAGAACCCAUUUGAGAUCAUGGAAGCAUUACUACAACCACGCGCUAAUCUCUUGUCUCCAUCAAUCAGAGCUUUAUAUAUUCAUUCUGCAUUUAAAGUCCUUAGCUUUUGCCUUCAUUCCUUUCUCUUACCCCACAAACCAGCAACUUCUUCUUCAAAGCUUGUUGAUGAACCUGAUUUCACAUAUUCAGAAUCUGAAGAGGAAACAGAUGUUGAUCUUGCUACAACUUCUUCAAGUUUGUCCAAAAAGAAUGCAUUUACACAGGAGUCAAUUGUAAACAUGUUGAUUCUCGUUUUAACUUCUCUAAGCCCAUUGGCUGGAAGCCAUGAUGUUGAAAUUCAAGAAAGGGUGCGGAAUGUUUUAGGGUUAGCUCAAUUGGCACAAGAAGAGAUAUCUUGUGAUCUUGAUAACAAAGAAAAGAUAAUUGACGGGGUUGCUUUAAAAACUUCAAUUCUCAUCAGAUUAAUCAAUGAUGCACUCUCAGAGGAUCUUGGUCCAGUUUCAUUGAGUGCUCAAGAAAGGGUUCCCAUCCCAGAUGGGUUACUCCUCGAGGACAAUCUUGGAAAAUUGGACACAAUAUGUGCAGAUGUUGAGUUACCAAUAAGUGAAUCCUUUUCUCUUGUAAAGCCUGUUUUGACAGAUGUUGAUUCUGUUUCCAUCAGACAGAAUGAAGAAUCAUCUGAAACAUCUGCUGCUGAAUCUACAUCUCUACUUUCUGAACAUCGAAAACGACAUGGAAUUUUUUAUCUUCCUUCUGACAACAAUCAAAAUGCAUCCACAAGUUUCCCACCUGCAAAUGAUCCUAAUGAGAGAGAUAACGAUGUGGAAGAUCUUGUCAGGCUUACAGAAGAAUCUUUAGUUCUUAAAAGGAAGUCAAAUCUAAGUAGGCCAAGGCCUGUUGUGGUCAAACUUGAUGAAGGAGAUAGGCUUCCUAUCACAAGGGCAAAAACGGAAUCAAAUGAUGAUUUGAUAUCUGGAGCUGUGCGUGAUGUUCUUUUGGGUAAUGAAAAUUCACCACCACCAGCAGCACCACAUUCAAAAGUUGAGAAAUCUGAAAUUGGUGAUUCCAGUAGAAGAAAAAGCAAACAUCGUAAAGAAAAAAAGCAUCAAAAUGUUGAAGAAAGUAAACAGAAAAGUGGUGGGCGUCAUGGAAGGCAUAAAGCUAGACAAAGAGCUGAUGAAGGCAUCAAUGUGGCUGUUCAAAUUCAAAAGCCAGUAAUUCCUGAUUUCCUUUUGUAGACAUUUUACUAGAAGACAUCAAGGUCAGUUUACUUUUUAGAGUUCUUGUACUAUUUAUUUAUGCUUGUAUAUUUUUUCUUUUCUUUUCAAGAUAUGAGUUGUGGAGUUUUUGGCUUGUUAUGACAGUUUUUUGUGUUGGUGGAUAAUGGAUUUGAUUGUAAGACAUUAUACCAUUUCUUUUUGAAUAUUACAUGUCUUCUUAUUUGUGUUUAAAUAUGACAAGUUGAUAGUAAAAUCGUGUUUCUCCUGAUAUUUUUGUUGUAUUACCUAUUUUGUCUCAUGAAUUUUUCUAUGUUUUAUGUCUGGUUUGGAUUUUGGAACUUUCUUUCUCUUAUUUGUAUUUGAAUUAAUUUUCAUAUGAAUUUUUCGUAUUACAUGUAUAUACAAGUGCAUAAUUUUAACUCCAUUGUGUAUGUUAUUUCGUCAUCAUUAAUUUUUUAGUAACAUAAAAAAUUAAACAUAAUGAAAGCACAAUAAAGCUCAAACAAGAUAUAAUAAAAUAUAUAUUCUCGUGUUAAUUUUAGAAAACUUGAUUAUAAUCCAAUUAAAAUUUCUGAAAUUUCAAAAGGAAUCAAUUUAAUUAACAAGUUAACAAUACCCCAAUCCCAUUCUGUGAUGCAAAUGAAAGAACACGUGAAUGAAAAUUAACAAAAUGGAGGGAAUCACGUCCUUUCAAGAAUUUUCUAUCGCAUUCCAUUCCAUUAAAUAAUGUGACAUCUGACAUGGCAAACACGUGACAAAUUUUUAUCUUUCUUACUUUUUACAUUUUUAAUGAUGUUACUAAAAAAUUUGCAAUGUGACAUAUAUCAAGCAUCAAUCUAACAAGUCUUAAAUUCGAUCAAAUCUUCAAUUUUUUUUUUUUCUAUUUUAAGAAAUGAAACGACUAAUUUCUGGGUGCCAUUUCGUGUCACACAACUUGUUUCGACAUGGAAAGUUACAAGGUUAGUUUUUCCCUGCUCUUCUCUCAGGUCAUUUUCAGUUUUAUGAUUUAAUAGCAUUGCCUUUCCAUUUUCAUUAUGUUACCAAUUUAAUAAUUGUAUAUAUUGGUUUAUUUUUGCAGUUAUGAGGCUCUAUUACCCCUCAAAAUGUUAAAG